AUGUUUUUAGAUUCUUUCACCCCUUACUCUUGUAAAACAUCAUCAAACGUGUUGCACAUCACAAAAGAUUUUCAAAGAAAAUAUCUAUUUUCAUUCCACCACGUGAACGACGUUAAAUAUUUUGCUUCAUGGAAAUCAUUUUCAUCAUACAUACAUCGAAUGGAAGGGACAAUUCAUCCAGGAAAGAUGGAAAAGUUUUCUCGUCAUGGCAACACAGUCGAGUGUAGUCUCUCGAGUGUUGUUCAAAAGUGCUCUACUAAAGAUUGCUUUACCUUGCUUUCAGAAAUAUUGAAAAUUUUCUUGGCACAAGUUGUAAAACAAAUGAUGAUUCUACCUUGCACCAGCAAUUCAUUUUGCGAUGAGUAA